AUGGGAAACGUGGACAGCAGCGUGGUCUCUCCUGCCCAGGCCUCCUGUUCGCUGCGGGUCUCUUCCAGGAGGGAGGAGGUGCCGUCAGCUCGCAGCUGGUGGAGGAGCAGUCAGGGAGGCUGCAGGGGCCGGGGGAGGAGCUACCUGAGCCAGCACGCCACUGCCGGCCCUCCGUGCGCCUCCUGGCAUUAUGAGCACAAGGUGGUUCCUCAAAAGGUCAUCAGGGGGAGCCAGUUUGGCUACGUGGAGAACGGCGGCGUCGGUAACGGGAUGUGUGGCGAGCGGGCAUCCCUGGAGAGCAGAGGCAGUCCAAAGGUGCUGCUCAGCAAAGAUGGCAGCAUGAGGGUGGAGUUCACCAACGCCAGGGGCGUCACCAUGGAGACACAGGGGCUUGGCGGCCUCCCCGCCGCCACCGCUGCCCCCCCAGUCGCUGAACCUUCCCUCCGCACCAGUAAAGGCAGCUCGCUCAGCUCCGACGGCUCCUGGUACGACUCGCCAUGGGGGACUGGCGGCGAGCUGAUGGACAAUGUGUUCGUCUGUGGGCAGAGCGUGGCGAACAGCAGCGGCUACACCACCUACUCCUCUACCCGCACCAAGGAGACCGCCGCCUCCAGCAGCGGCUACCACACCGUCUUCUCCGCCAAGAUGGACAUCUCGCCUGGAUUUACCUCCAGCUUCCUCUUCCCCACCGCCGCCGGGUACAACACCUGCUCCUCCGGGCGGACGGAGGACAGCGGCAUCGGGGACUCGGUGAUCCUGCAGGCCGAUCUGAGAGACUUCAGUCCGGCAUCUCCUUCCUCUGCCUCACUGGACAGCGUUUACCACAACACGCUGCCCGCCUUCCCCGCCACGCCCGACGCCGCGCUGCAGGAGAGGAGCGCCAUCUCCUCCUCGGCACUGCUGCUGGAAGAUGUCAUCCAGGAGGAGGAGGGUUCAGGAAGAGGCGUGGAGCAGCAUUACUCUUCCCUCACGCUUCCCUGUCGCAGGGCAGAGCCCGCCGCCGCCGGGAACAGCCGCAAAGACUUCCUGAAGAGUCGAAUCAGACGACUCAGCGACUGGACGGGAAGUCUGAGCAGGAAGAAGAGGCGGAUCCAGGAGCCGCACGGCAGCGACACCAGUGACCUUUUCUUCGGCGGCUCGCUGUGGUCCUCCAACCCGCUCCACUCUCUGAACCAGAACCAGUUCCCAGCAUUUCACUGUGGCUCCUCCAGAAGCCUGAACCUGAACCUGAACCAGAACCAGAACCAGAACCAGAGUGACAUCCAGCGGCAGAACGUUUACGAGAACUUCAUGCAGGAGCUGGAGACGGGCUGCAGCAGCGCCACCGACUGCACCGAGAUUUCAGAGGGCGAGGAGGAGGAGGAGGAGGAGGAGGAGCCGGAUAGAGAUGUGGAGGUCAGAGGAGGCAAGCAGCUGGACGUCCUGUUUGAGAAGGAGCAGGGCGUGGUGCGGCGGGCCGGGUGGCUCUCCUUCAAAGCCCUCCUCACCGUCAGCAGGGACGGGAAGCUGGAGCUGGUCGCUCGCCGCAAGUGGAGACACUACUGGGUCACUCUGAAAGGCUGCACUCUGCUGUUCUAUGAGACUUACAUGAAAACCGUCAGCGCGGAGCGGGAACGGUCUCCUCGUUACGCUCUGCUGGCCGACGAUAGCAUCGUCCAGGCCGUCCCCGAACAUCCCAAGAAGGAGCACGUCUUCUGUCUGAGCAACUCGCACGGAGACGUCUACCUGUUCCAG